CUCUUUUUGACAACAAGGCGUUCAGCGAUUGUGACCUUUUUUUGCCUCCGAAUCCUGCUGCCGAAUGAGGCCUGGCGCCUCUGCCUGAGCCUUUUCUCUUUCUUCACGUCCAAAACUGCGCACCUUGAGAAUUUCCUCCACGACCACUACUACUAUCCUCGGAUUUACAAAGUUGGCAACACAGCAAAGAUGCCCUCACUAACGACGUCCCUCCCCUUUUCCCCGGCCGAACUCGCCUACCUACACACGUCUCUCUCUUCGACACCGCCUCUCCGACCGGACGCGAGGCCACGACCGACCGAUUUCAGGCCUCUUCGCGCCGAAACGGGAGUUUUACCCGCCGUCAACGGUUCCGCCCACGUAGGGUUCAGCGACGGUAGAGAGGCGAUUGUCGGUGUGAAGUUGGAGGUCGAAAAGACGAGCAGUCAGAAUCGAGAUGUGAUUUCUACAUCCAAAACCGCGGGGCCCGAGGCGAUGGACGUCGACCAAGACACAACAACCGGUAAAGGUUGUGGAAACGCACGGUGGUUGAGUACGACACUCACUUUGCCCGGCUUGAGGGAUGAUGACCCGAACCUGAUUUUUCUGGAGGAAAUGUUACGUGAACCUCUGAUCGUCUCUGGACUCGCGGACAAGUUGAUCAUCAAUUCGAAAUGGCACUGGCACGCCUACGUCGACGUCCUCCUGAUCUCACCCGACAACGGCCUCGCGAGUUAUCCGCUUCCGUUGUUGAGUACGGCGGUUCACCUGGCGUUGCGUGACGCGAGGAUACCGAAACUGAAGAGUGAGGGGGAGGAAGAUCCAGUGGCGGACGACGAUUGGAUGGCCAGUACCUUUCUGUACGGACCCAAGGAGCCGACGGGGUCGACGCCGCCCGUCACGUUGAUGGUCGUGGUGGUCGGGGAGAAUGUCGUCUUUGAUCCUAGCAGGGAAGAAUUGUCGGUGGCUGAUUCGGUCGUGGCCGUGAGCGUGGGGAGGGACGCAGUCCUACCCAAAGGGGGACAAGGAGGGGACGAUUCAGGAUACUACUACAGAGUCUUGGCGGUCAGAAUGAUCGAUACACCGGCGAGAGAUACCAUGAAGGGUGUCCCACUGACCGGGGAGGCUCCCGAGGGAGUCGAAGUACCUGGGGUUUGGAGGCCUAGGGUAGGUGGGAUCAAGAGAAACGUGAUGAAGAAUGUGGUCAAGAGUGUGACGAGGGAUGGCGUUGCAAAGGACGUAUUUAUGGGUUUGGAUGGGUUUUUCGGUUCUUGAAAAACCAAAAAAGCAAGAUGAUACUUGUGUGAUGAUGAAAAAAAAAGUCCUGCGAAUAUCAUGCCGCCGGUAAAGACGGCCUGACCGACGAUGGAAUCAUGAUGUCUUUAAAGCUAGGGAGAGAGAGAGAGAGAGACAGAGAGAGGUCAUCCAUGGGAAUGAACUACGUUGUCUCUGAAGCUUGUCUUAUGAAACAUUGGAAUCGACCCCAGCCGAACGAAAAUCGACGAGAUGAGACGAGAUGAGAUAUGACAUCCUGAAAGAAGUCACUCUCAGGAGGAAGGGAUGGACAUGAUGAUAUCCCACAAAGGCUCACGACAAUCAUGUCUCCGCUCAGCACACGAAAGGAUGAAAAAAUGUCACCACCUGUUUGUUAUGUCCGCUUCAGAAGAUUGAUCGGCGAAAGACAUCCUUUCCGACUCUAUCUCUCGCGCCGAGAUUCACACAAUCUAGCCAAAACUUUCAACACCAUCGUGCCCCUGACAUUUUUUUAGUCAAGAGAUGCAGAAGAAAAAAAAGGGGGGUCACCCAUGAAACUUUGGUACUACGUGUAUCAAUCCCAUCGACAACAAACCUCUACAGGUGGUGUGCCCUCUUUUGAGGAGAGGAGGCUUAUCCAGGUUUUCAGAGACAGAGAUUUCCGGAAGCACAGAGAGAUGACUUUUGUCAAUGUUACAGCAGAAGGGGGGAAACCCCCCCAUUCAGCACAAACACAUUUUUAUUAGGGGGUUUGUUGUAUCAACAGAUGACCCGGGGGCAAAGAGGCUGCUCUUGCCCCCAGGUCUCUGGGAAAGGAUGUACAAACGGUUGGACAGUGGCAGGCAAAAUCGGCCAACCCUUGCCAGACACAGCAUCAACAAAGGGGUCCAAAAAAACGCCUUGGUUGUCCUACUUCCUGCAACGGUACCAUCAGCACCAGCCAGCCAUACAAUAUACGAUCUGAUGUUUGAUGCCCAUGUUCUCUUUUUUUUCUUUUCCUAGUCGGUGUUUUAAGCCCUCUCACUGCCACUCAAGGCACCAAAACUUCCACCUUGUUCACCCAC